UCAUAAUGGCAUGAAAUAAUAGUGAACUAUGGCUGAACUCAACGUUGAUUGCAUGUUACUAUCGUCAUCUGUAAAAUGAAGUCACUCGCUUUGACUAAGCUUCUCAAGCAUAGUCGUCCUUGUCACAAAAACAUAACCAACCAUCACGUGUAACAGCCUGUCUCAUUCUCAACUGCGCCUCAGCACCGGCUGGCUGGUUAACAUACCUGAGGCGACGGGGACUUAGUCAACGGUUAACACCUAUUAGUCCAGUCUUCGCUUGUCGAUGCGUUGAAGUUUCUUCAGCUCCGUCGAUUCGUGUUCGUUACCUCUUCUAGAAAAGCCAGAGCUUCCAUCAGGUAAACACACCUGAAACCCCAACUCAAAGUGACAAAUCCACCAAUUCGGCAUCAUCAAUGCUAUUUCUAGCACUAAGCUUUUAAACUCCAACACCGAUCUGUCCAAGCUUCUGUUUCACUUCCAACUCCGCUCAGACCUUCCACCCGGAUCCGAAUCAUGAAACUCCAUUCAAGUCAGGAUAUCGCAGUUACAAUAGUCUUGUACUCGCUCUUCAUCUGUACUGUGUCGCUGUCCACCAUCUUGGGACUCGAGCACGUACCAGGAUGGGGUCUCGAGAUAGCUUCACUACUGAGUCAGGUCUUGUGGAGCAUCUCCAAACAGACACAGCUGCUCAACACAAGACGCUGGAGAACCCCAGAUCCUAGUGCCCAUCAUUCUACUUCUCGUAGGUCUUCAUAUACUCGAGUAUCUGCUUCUCCACCUGUCAUCAGAAAGCCACCGCAGAUGCCAGCUCUCAGAUCGGUCCGUCGAAGUUUUAGUACAGACUAGAUAUCUACAGAGAAGUUUUGAUCGCCGAUCGCUAUUCAGCAAAGGUCCAAUCUCCCCCAGACGAGGAUCACCAGUAUUUCACAGUGUAGUGCAUGAUCGUCCACCAUAUGUUUCAGGGUCCUCCAGAUACGUCAAGUGACUCGUGACGCCAAAGCGCUAGAUCUGCGAGCACUCAUGCCAAUCUCUAUUCCAGAGUGCAACUCUUUUAAAGUCUCAGUAACAUCGUUCAAAUCCAAGCUCCAUCGUCAACUCUGACCGCCCUUCUCUGGCGUUUAUUUGCGCUUCUGGAGCCACAAUUCGAACAAAGUCAAGCGCCGUAACGUUCUCCCCUGAUGGUGACCCAGCCACAUUCUCAACAGCACCGCGUUCUCAUGCAAGACACAGCGCAACAUCCUUCAAGUGGUCCAAGCAUCAAAAGGAAAUGAACGAGCGCCUCUUUUAGUGCUCGAGGCCCCCACGGAGCACGCAAGAGGUUCUUCGUGUUGAAGCCGCUACGAUCACUUGACGGCUGAGGAAGUCUUGUCUGAGACACUGACGCUGUUUGAUACAGCUGUGUCUGUCGCAGAGUUGAAGGGAACAAGCUUGGAGUUGUGAGAGAGACAGAGACAGACAAAGAGAGAGGCAAAGUGGAGGCGACUAACAAUUGAAGGCUCAUGAAUUGAGAUGAAUUUAUGAAGAACCCACUUGGG